CUCGCUGGAAGCCCCAGGGCAGAGAGGGAAAGCACAUGAAGACCGACAUCGUGUCCCUAGUCAUGACUGACUCGGUAGAAUUUCAGAGAAUCUCCCUCGAUGCUGUUCCAAUCACGUCGACUCGAGGGUCUGGCCCGACAAAAAUAGCACUUCCCACAGCCGACAGCACCUUCCCCGCCGUCGAUUCGAUACCGAACCUCUGGCGUCGACGCAUUCUUCUCAUGUCUAUAGCUUCGAGAUGUUCUCUAAAGUGUCCGAGGGUACGGGUCGGCUUGUAACCGGGCCCUAGAGAAGAUAAAACCAGACAUCGAGCCCCUGGUUGUUUCAAUCUGGACCCAUGCAUCUCCUCCUUCAAGUAGCGAUUUCAGUCUUGCCCAUCGCAGUCUACUAUUUUCUAAAACCUAAAGUGGAUCCUAUCCCGGAUCUGCCAGGUCCAGAGUCCUCGUCGUGGUUUUAUGGGAACUUGGCCGAACUUCUCCUCGCCCCGGACUAUGGCAAGUACGAGUUCACCUGGCUCAAGCGCUUUGGAAGCGUAUACCAAAUCCGGGGUUGUUUCGGACGCACCCAAAUCGUCAUCGCGGACCCGGUAGCGAUGCACCACGUGUUUAGCAGUCCGAAGUGGGACCAAGCACCUCCGCUUUCAACGAUGAUGUGGAUGCUUUUCGGAUCGCAGAGCGUGGAGGGCUUCAGAGCUGGGGGACCCGAGCAUCGUCAUUUACGAGGGGCGCUCAACGGCGCCUUCACGGCCUCUGUUGUCCAGAGCUACGAAUCAAUCUUCGAGCGAAUUGCUGCCGGGAUUUCCGAAAGGAUUGAAUCGAGCCCCACGAACACUGUCGAUAUCGCGGACAUACUCUCGGAUGCGACAUUGUCUGCCAUCUCACUAGCUUUGCUCAGCCGCCCUGUCGAAGAGCUUGACCCCGGUUUCGUCCAGCUCAAUACCAAUCUCUUUCGUGCCGCGGCGAGAUCCUCAAAGAAGGACCUCUUAUCGACCGAAUUACUGACCAAUUAUAUCCCUCGGCGCUUACUCUACAGGCUGCUGCAUUUCCGAGUAGCAGGGUGGCACGCCGUGAUACAUGGUCGAGAUCUCGGUCUGGCAAUCGGGCGAGCUGCCGUCGAGGAUAAGUUGCGCGCUCAGGCAUCAGGCGAGGACCAAGGGACCGAAGAUGUGUAUGAUCUUCUCUUAUCAGGAAAAGCGGGCGCGACAAACAAAAAGCUGGAUACAGAGGAACUGAUCGCCCAAACAACCGUUCUUCUUGUUGCAGGUCAAGAUACAACGGCAAACACAUUGGCAUUCACUCUAAUUGAGCUGGCCCGCAAUCCCGCCCUCCAAGACCAGCUCCGCACGGAAAUACAUGCCCGCGCGCCAGGACAGUCGUACAACCAGCUGCCGCUGCUCAAUGCCGUCGUCAAAGAGGCGCUGCGGAUGUUCCCUGCAGAACCUGUCACAGACCGGCUUGCAUAUGAAGACGACAUCAUUCCUCUUUCAGCGCCCGUUCUGGACCGCCACGGGCGGAAGAUCGAGUGCAUUCCCGUUCGGAAGGGGCAAGUUGUGACGAUGGCUAUUGCCUCAUACCAAAGGUGGCGAUGGCGUCCCGAUGGGGAUCAGACGCGAUGGAUUUCAACCCAAUGCGAUGGCUGGAGGGAGGCUCGGUCCAGACUAGCGACGUCAUUGGUCCGUACGCAAAUCUGUGAGCACUCGAUAUUCCACAUCAGCAGCGAACACGCAUCUCACAUUGCCCAGAAUGAGCUUCGUAAGUGGAUCACGAACGUGUAUUGGAUGGCGAUUCGCGUGGGUCGUCACUUGUCAAUUCCUUGUGCUACACGCUCAAAUCAUCCCUCUAGCGUCAUGGAGAUGCAGAUCAUCCUCUGCGAGCUUGUUGGCAAAUUCAGCUUCAGCAUUCCGCCUGGGACCAAGACUGUUGCGCGGCUGGCACACACCCUGCUCCCGUUGGAUGAAAAGAUCGGAGAGAAGGCUGCUAUGCUACAGGUCAGAUCCGUAUAAGCGGCUUAUUCGCAAUCAUUACAUUGUUUUUG